UGUGUCUUCACUUAGGCCAUUCAGUUUCCACUGCAGCCUUUCUGAAACAGGAUAAGUGCUGCUAUUGCUCACAGGCACAAGAUAGCCUCCAGAAAAACAACUUUCAAACCCACCCUUGAGGGUGCUUGUCUAAGUGUGGAUGUAGAAAAUUUAGGAUCCUGUUUCCUUUGGAUUUCCAAGUGAAAACAAACAUGGAAGAGCCUGGAGUUACUAUUGAUUAUAAUUCAGUCACUUGUUGACCUUCCUUAUUAUUUUCUGAAAUUUCAGUAGUUUGAACUUUUCUUUACAUAGCUGCUUGAAAGUUUUGUGAUGUCUGCUGUGAAAUUUGAACUGGAUGCUUUAUCUUCUGAAGGCUUCAGACAUGAGCAGGCUUCCAGCUCUGACCUGACUCUCAGCUGUUUGACGGACCUCACCAGUGCUUCCUGUCACAUAGAACUACAGCCCCUCGUUUCUGUCCCCACGGGUCUGCAAAAGUUAUGCUCAUCUCAUUGUGAGUUUGGGAAGAGCGUGUGGGCAACCCAUGGCACGUAUAAUGAAGGUAUGAAUAUAAGCAAAAGUGAGAUAACAAAAGAAACUUCGCUGAAACCGUCUCGGAGGUCCCUGCCUUGCCUUACCCAGAGCUAUGCUCAUUCACACAGCUUGUGCCAAUCUACCUCCCUCCUCCAGUCAACCGAGAGUGAAUCUCAGGCUCCCACUUCAGUGACCUUAAUCUCUGCCGACAAAACAGAGCAGGUGAACCCUGAGGAGAAGAACAAAGACUCUCUGCUCAAAUGUUCCUUUGCUGAUCUCAGUGAUUUUUGCUUGGCCCUAGGAAAAGACAAAGAUUACAUGGAUGACUCAGAACAUGCUAAUUAUGACCGGUCUCGGCUCAUUAAGGACUUUGUUACCAAAGAUAAGCCUGAAUCCAAGACAAAAUUAUCCAAGAAUGACAUGAAUUACAUAGCAUCCAGUGGACUUCUAUUCAAAGAUGGCAAAAAGCGAAUUGAUUACAUCCUGGUUUAUAGAAAGACAAACAUACAAUAUGACAAGAGAAAUACAUUUGAGAAGAACCUCAGAGCAGAAGGCUUAAUGUUGGAGAAGGAGCCGGCUAUCGCAAACCCUGACAUUAUGUUCAUUAAAAUCCACAUUCCAUGGGACACGCUGUGCAAGUAUGCGGAGAGGCUGAACAUCAGGAUGCCCUUCAGGAAAAAAUGCUAUUAUACUGAUGGGAGGAGCAAAUCAAUGGGCAGGGUACAGAAUUAUUUUAAGAGAAUCAAAAAGUGGAUGUCCCAAAACCCAAUGGUUCUGGACAAGUCAGCAUUUCCAGAGCUGGAGGAAUCAGAUUGUUACACCGGCCCUUUCAGCAGAGCCCGGAUUCACCACUUCAUAAUAAAUAAUAAGGACACCUUCUUCAGCAAUGCUACUCGAAGUAGGAUAGUCUAUCACAUGCUGGAGCGCACCAAGUAUGAGAACGGCAUCUCAAAAGUGGGUAUCCGUAAACUUAUAAACAAUGGCUCAUAUAUAGCAGCAUUUCCUCCACAUGAGGGAGCGUACAAGAGUAGCCUGCCCAUCAAAACCCACGGUCCUCAGAACAACAGACAUCUUCUGUAUGAGCGCUGGGCACGCUGGGGAAUGUGGUACAAGCAUCAGCCACUGGAUUUGAUCAGGCUGUACUUUGGGGAGAAGAUCGGGCUGUACUUUGCUUGGCUGGGCUGGUAUACUGGAAUGCUGAUUCCCGCGGCGGUUGUUGGCUUGUGUGUGUUCUUCUACGGACUGGUAACCAUGAAUGAAAGCCAAGUGAGCCAAGAGAUCUGUAAAGCCACGGAAGUCUUCAUGUGCCCUCUGUGUGACAAGAACUGCUCACUGCAGAGGCUCAAUGACAGCUGCAUCUAUGCCAAGGUGACAUACUUGUUUGAUAAUGGAGGGACAGUCUUCUUUGCUAUUUUUAUGGCAAUAUGGGCUACUGUCUUCCUGGAGUUUUGGAAAAGGAGAAGAAGUAUACUGACCUAUACCUGGGAUCUCAUUGAAUGGGAAGAAGAGGAGGAAACCCUGCGCCCCCAGUUUGAAGCCAAGUAUUACAAGAUGGAGAUUGUGAAUCCCAUCACAGGAAAACCUGAGCCACAUCAGCCUUCCUCAGACAAAAUCAUCCGUCUUCUUGUUUCUGUCUCAGGAAUAUUCUUCAUGAUCUCUUUGGUGAUCACCGCGGUGUUUGCGGUGGUGGUGUACCGCCUGGUAGUCAUGGAGCAGUUCGCAUCCUUCAAGUGGAAUUUCAUCAAACAGCACUGGCAGUUCGCAACAUCUGCCGCUGCGGUCUGCAUCAAUUUCAUAAUCAUCAUGUUGCUGAAUCUCGCCUAUGAAAAAAUUGCUUAUCUUCUCACUAAUUUAGAAUACCCUCGCACCGAAUCAGAAUGGGAAAACAGCUUUGCCCUGAAGAUGUUUCUUUUCCAGUUUGUCAAUUUGAACAGCUCUAUCUUCUACAUUGCUUUCUUUUUGGGAAGAUUUGUAGGUCACCCAGGGAAAUACAAUAAACUUUUUGACCGCUGGAGGCUGGAAGAGUGCCAUCCCAGCGGCUGCCUGAUAGACCUCUGCCUGCAGAUGGGAGUCAUCAUGUUUCUGAAGCAAAUCUGGAACAACUUCAUGGAACUGGGAUACCCGUUGAUCCAGAACUGGUGGUCACGACACAAAAUCAAGCGUGGAGUACAAGAUGCUUCGAUACCUCAGUGGGAAAACGACUGGAAUCUGCAGCCCAUGAAUAUACACGGGCUGAUGGAUGAGUACCUAGAAAUGGUUUUGCAGUUCGGCUUCACCACCAUCUUCGUCGCGGCCUUUCCGCUGGCCCCUCUUUUGGCUUUGUUAAACAACAUCAUUGAAAUCAGGCUGGAUGCAUACAAAUUUGUCACCCAGUGGCGGAGACCACUGCCCGCCCGAGCCACUGACAUAGGUAUCUGGCUCGGCGUUCUGGAAGGAAUUGGCAUAUUGGCUGUGAUCACUAAUGCGUUCGUCAUUGCUAUUACCUCUGACUACAUCCCACGCUUUGUCUAUGAAUACAAAUACGGCCCGUGUGCAAACCAUGUAGAACAGAACGAAAAUUGCUUAAAGGGAUACGUCAACAACAGCCUGUCCUUCUUUAACCUGAGUGAGCUCGGCAUAGGGAAAUCCGGCUACUGCAGAUACCGAGACUAUAGAGGUCCCCCUUGGAGUUCUAAGCCCUACGAGUUCACCCUGCAAUACUGGCACAUCCUGGCUGCCCGACUGGCCUUCAUCAUUGUGUUUGAGCACCUCGUGUUUGGGAUUAAGUCUUUCAUCGCAUACCUGAUUCCAGAUGUACCCAAAGGCCUGCAUGAGCGAAUUAGACGGGAGAAGUACUUAGUCCAAGAAAUGAUGUAUGAGGCCGAACUGGAGCAUUUACAACAACAGCGGAGAAAGACUGGUCAGCCUGUUCACCACGAAUGGCCUUAGUUGAUACCUGCAACCAGCAGGGGAGGUACCCUUAGUGUGAAGGAGUGUUGGCAACUUCAGAUGUAGAUGGGACAGAGAAGGAGGGCGUACUUGGCAAACCACAUGUAUAAUACGCUGCUUGGAAAUGUAUAACAGCAAUCUCUGGGAUUUGGAAUGGACAGAUUUCUAGGGAUGGCGAAGCUGAUCUUACAGGGAUCUUUGCCUGGCAUUGCAGAACCAACCUUUGAAAGGGAUCUCUCCUCCCCGUCAGCCACAGGGUAUCAGGACGGGUGGUGGUGAGGUUUCUAGAGACAGAUUUCCAUGGAAAGUCCACAGCCAAGCAUGAUUUAAAGUAUCCUUGGUCACAUACUAGUCUGACUUUGGAAGCUUCUAUUGAGUUGAGAUGCUUGCAAGAAAUGACUUGAAUCAAUUGUUGCCUUUGCUGCUGGAAUUCCAUGUCCCUUCUGCUUUUACGUGGCUAGAAACUGCCCUUGUCUCAUGAGAGUGUGGAUUUUUGCCCCAACGAAUUUAUGCUGCUUUACACCUACUAUGCAGUUGAAGAGUUGUGCACCACCUUUCAUAGUCAAACCAAAAAUAUAAGAUUCCAAAAAGAAUACCAUUCGUUAAAAUCAUAUUGUAUUGCAUCAGCUACAGUGCAGUCUGUUUUAUCACUGGUGAAGCCAGAUGCACUGCACAUUUUUAUACAUAGAAAACAUAAAUGGGGUUACUCUUACAUCAUUUAGAACAUGACUACUCCAUACUUUAGUGCAGAAAGCUAUUUUAUAAUCUAUUUAACUUUCCCCUGAUUUAUUACAAAUCUCACAGAAUGUUACCUUGAAAUGCUGUAAAUAUGUUGAUUUUCCUUGUACUUUUGCACCUUGACAAUUUGGAAUGCAAGAUCCUGUUUAUGCAACUCUGAGACCAGUUACAUAGUAUGCAAUUGCAAUAUGUUUAUUCAGGUAAUCUGAAGCCAGAUUGUCUACAACAUUUAUGCUUUUUCUGCAAUGUGCUCUCUUACUGAUGAGCUAAUGAAAAUGAUGCAUGUUGAUAGAUCUAUUUGUAAAAAGCAAUACUUGAAUUUACUUUCUUUUUCAUCACUGAAAGGAGCUUUCUAUUAUUGUUUCUUUGAUGGAUUGAUUUGUUUUUAAACUGUCUGGAAACAAAUUCAAAUUAAUUGUGAAGAUUUUAAUUUUGCAGUAUCGUGAAAUCUUUAUUUUGAUGUCAACUCUAUCCACAGAUUGAUGGAAUAGAAAUGAUGGGGAAAUCAGUUAAACAAAGUCCAGAGGAGGCAUAAACUGUAGGAGAGGCAUAGGAAGAAAAGCUAAAGUUGAAGUAGGGGAAUGUAAGGAAAAAAUCAAGGCACUUCCUAGCAAAACAAGGAAAUCCAAGUUUUUCUCUUCUGGGAAUGGAUUAAGAAAUGGCAUACACAUACAUAUACAUACACAUACACAUACAAGACUCAUGAUUUUUAUUAAUCAUCUAAUUAAUUUUUGCCCAGUUAAGCAGAGCACAAUUAUUUUCAAAUUCCAAAAUUUCAAAAUCAAGAUUAGACACAAUAGAAAUAAAGCUAUUUCCUGUAAAUUCUAGCAUUCCUCUAGUAGGGAAAUUAUAAAUUUCACUUACUAGAAAAAAUACUUUUAUAAUUCUAGCACCAGAUAUGUUUGUUGACUUUUCCUUCUUUCACUCCAGGGAAAAGUUAUUCCAUCAUAGUUGCGUCCUUGUUUUAGUCAGGGAUAUUCACUUCUGUAUUUGGCCUCUGAUCCUGAGUAAGGGGCGGGCUUGUGAAUAUAUGUUCCCUGGUAAUUCCUCACCAUGUAAGGCUCUUAGGUUCAGACAUGAUACUAAUUCCAAUGCCUGCACAACGGAGUGUUAGCACAUCUGUGUUUACUUUUCUUUGUUUUUAUGUAUAUAUAUAUACACACACACAUAACUGAGUGCAAACACUCUCCAUGUUUACCUGAUGGUUACUUACUUUCCAAAUUAAGGACACAAGUCAAUGACAUUUGUCUUACAGAGGAGCAAAAUAUAAUCAUAGUGAUGUCCUUCAGAAUUCUUCUCUUUCCAUGUUUUUAUAUAACCCCACCAGGGUAUAAAAUCAUAUUGAUUGAUAUGAAAAAAGAAAGCUAUUUUAAUAAGAAUUGUAAUAUCUUCAUUUAGAAAAUGCCUUCCCUGGUAUUUUUGAAACAGAUAUGAAAAAUAGCAAGCAGAAAAUUAUCUGAAAUGUUUCUUUUGUGAAACAGUGCAGUAGAAACUAGCCACGCCUUCUUCAUUGUUGACAGUAAAAUGUUGACAGCCGCUCAUCGUACCUUGAUGUUAGCUUUCUCUGCUUGAGUUGAAAUAUUUUCUAUCUUGGUUUUCCUAUGAAUAGAAACUAAUUCUCAAAGAUUUACAGCACACACUAUUCUCAGGAAUUCUAUAUUACAUGAAUGCUGCUUAUAUAUUUUCAUAUUCUAACUUGUUGUCUUUUUAAGCAAAUAACUACCAAACGUGCAUGUGGUCUGCGUUGACGGGCUCUCCAGCACUGAGGAGAGUCCAGCACAGUGUGUGGAGAACUGCUCCCGAUCUUAGCUGAAGUCGCCUGCUGUUGUUGCAGCCGGUGCACGCGCUUUUAAGGCCCAGGCUGCUGGUUGAUGCAUGACAUGAUGCCACUUGGAAUGCCGCACAUUCUUCUAAGACGACUCGUAGCACAGUCUGUUGUAUAAUGGAAUGAACAUAAAGUUUUUCACUCAAUAAAUUAUCAUUUGAUAUGGUAUUUUACUAUAA